CCCCAGCAUGGAACCCAACAAAGUUCAGUCCGAGGGCGGCCUGAAUGUGACCCUGACCAUCCGCCUCCUCAUGCACGGCAAGGAGGUUGGAAGCAUCAUAGGGAAGAAAGGGGAAACUGUAAAGAAGAUGCGUGAAGAGAGUGGAGCACGCAUCAACAUCUCCGAGGGAAACUGUCCUGAGAGGAUUGUCACCAUCACCGGCCCCACAGACGCAAUCUUCAAGGCCUUCGCAAUGAUUGCCUACAAGUUUGAAGAGGUGUUUUUACAGGACAUAGUCAACGCCAUGAGCAACAGCCCAGCCACCAGCAAGCCCCCAGUUACUCUGCGGCUGGUGGUGCCAGCCAGCCAGUGUGGCUCCCUCAUCGGGAAAGGAGGAUCAAAGAUCAAAGAGAUGAGAGAAUCCACAGGGGCACAAGUGCAGGUGGCGGGGGACAUGUUGCCAAACUCCACAGAGCGCGCGGUGACAAUCUCCGGGACCCCCGAAGCGAUAAUCCAGUGUGUCAAGCAGAUAUGUGUCGUCAUGCUGGAGUCCCCACCGAAAGGUGCCACCAUCCCCUACCGCCCAAAGCCCGCCUCCACCCCCGUCAUUUUUUCAGGUGGCCAGGUAAGAGCCGACCCGCUGGCGGCGUCCACAGCCAACCUCAGCCUUUUACUGCAGCACCAGCCACUGCCUGCCUACACAAUUCAGGGACAAUAUGCCAUUCCUCACCCCGAUCAGCUGACCAAGCUCCACCAGUUGGCUAUGCAGCAAACCCCCUUUACCCCCCUCGGACAGACAUCCCCUGCUUUCCCUGGUCUGGAUGCCAAUCCACCGGCCAGUACUCAUGAACUCUCCAUUCCCAAUGAUCUAAUAGGCUGCAUAAUCGGGCGCCAGGGAACCAAAAUCAACGAGAUCCGUCAGAUGUCUGGAGCGCAGAUCAAAAUCGCUAACGCCAUGGAAGGGUCAGCAGAGCGCCAGAUAACCAUCACCGGAACCCCCGCCAACAUCAGCCUUGCCCAGUACCUCAUUAAUGCAAGGUUCAGAGACGUGGCAGCCAUGUGGAAUGACCCCUCCUCCAUGACUACAUCCUGAAGCCCCAAACUGGUGUCAUUGUCAGAAGCAAACAGCAGCUGCCCCACUCCCACCCCGAAACACCCACCCCAGUUACCUAUUGUACACCCCACCCUUUAGAGGCCAUUAGCCCCUCACUUUACAGUACACCUUCAGCAGUAGCGUUGCUUGUAUGGGUAGGCUAUUGCUAAUGAUAAAGACAAAUAAUUGUGGUUUGAUUUUGUUCAUGUUAAUGUAGUGGUUAAGUAUAGUGUUUCAGCAUGUUGAAUGCUUAGGAUCAAGCUGUAUUAUUUCUUUUUUUGUCCUUUUCUUUGUUUUCUUUUACUGCUAGCUUAGUUGAAUAUGGUUGCUGAAUAAGUCUUGUAGUUUCUUGUCAGGAAAGCAUAAAAAUGUACAAAAAAUGUAAAACGUUAUGAAAACAAACACAAAAAUUGUAAUUGCUUUUGAUUGCUAAUAAUCAAUGCUGUUGGUAAGGCAACUAGAGUGAUGUGAUGCACCCAUGUAAGGAGAAUGCCGUGAUUGCAGACAUGGGUUUCACAGAGAACCAAAAUGGGUUGGAAAUUGUUGCAGUUCCAAUCAGAGCCUAGGAAUCAGCCAUUAACACCAUUCAUUUAUUUGUGGAUGUUGAAUAUGUUUUCUUGAGUUUAAGAUGGACGUUGAAAAUGUUUUUUAAAGACAUUUGUAGUUAGUGAGGAAGUUGAUUGUUUUAUGCCUGAAUGCAUCUGAUAAUCCAAAUGCAUGACCGAUUUACAGAAACACGCUAAACACGGAGAGCCGUUAAGGUGGGCAGUGUUUGGCCAAACGUGUCAAGUGCUUUCAGAAUUGUUUUAUUUUUCUCUAUUUUUCUACCCCCUUCCCCCCUCUCUCCCCUUCCCCCAUGACUGUUCUAGGCUGACGUCUGAGGUCACUGGAAUGGGCACACUCUAAUUUCUACCCAUCAUCCUUCACUGCAUCACAUGACCCUUGAGCCAAUGGCAUUGCACCUAGUUUGUUUCUCUCUCUCUCUAUUCAACUCUCCUGCAUUUUAAGUGACAAAGCUACUUUUAUUCUAUAAUGUGCACAUAUUUAAAAUUCCUAUUUUAAUGUUGUUCCUCCCACACCAGUUAUCUUGAUGCUCUGUAUUGGCCCUCAGCCCCUUUUUAUAAGGACACUUAACUUUUUUGUCACUCUAGUACCUCAUGCCACUCCAUUCAAUCGUUAAUUCAUUAAUUUCAUAUUCUUGUGAAACAUUUUACUGUGUGCUUACCACUAAAUGUAUCUCAUUUACCAUACUAUACAAUAUUCACAACAGCAUGAAAAAAACACAUACGCACACACAAAUGUAUAGACAAAUUAGUCAUUUUCAGCAAAUUCAGCAAUCUAUGUGGGCUUAAAAGUAAACCACAACCAACAACUUAACUCACCAGAUGUCCUUAUGAGAGGGCAUCUGACACGUGAGCAGUCAGGAAGUGGAUGGUAUCCUCUGCCACUGCACGUCUCGUCAGGUGGCAUGUGGUAACAACACUCUAGAUGCAUUAUUGCUCUCUUCUGUAUUCAUUUGAUAAUCUGGUCACGCAAAUGAUAAUGCACAAGCAGUCCACUGAAUAAACAUCAGGUAGAUUGGGCUGAGAUGAGUCAGGCUAGCCAUCAAGUCUAUUUGGAGAUCUUUUAAGUGGAUUCACUUAUGAAUUUCUAAGCUGAGUGUUGUGCUGAUAAAGAUGUAUGGCUUUAAUGAUGAAUAUCUCUCGAAGUAAUCAAGAUGACCAGCUGUUGUUGGUUGGAAGUGAAUACAGAGCACUGUGAAGAUAAUGGAUUCUUCACGUCCCACCCUCCUUCCCCAUUCAGUCUCAUUCAUUCUGUCUGUCCAUACAUGCCGAUGUCAUGCAUUUAAUCGUAUGUCUCUUGUGUCUAGCUGCUCCUCAAACUCUCUCUCUCUCUCUCUCUGCAAAACUCCCCUUUUGAUCUGCAAAGCUCUGACAGAAGGUAUAUAGCAAGAGCUUGCAUGCAUCCCAUGUGAUACAGAAUUGUUCUCUUUUGACAGCUUAAUGAACAUGCACAUUCAACACAACCUAACAGCAUGCUCCCUACAAAAUGGCAAUACAACAAUGUACGUUUGACUUGCUCGAGGACCUUUUCAUCUGCCACCCACUUAGGGUGGGGGAUGUGAGUCAUCUUAGUGAACGUUUUUUUUUUUUUUUUUUUAAUGUUGAACCAAGUGUUUAAGGGCCAUGGAAUGUUCAUGGGUUUGGGCUAGAAUCCGAGUGGUUCUGGGGUGGGGGGGUGGGACUACCACCCUGCCUGUCCACCCUUGAUAAACUUUGAUUGUUUGUUUUUUUCCAUUUGCAUCCAAUCUAGCCACAGACCAAAGUGUCUUUGUUUCUGACAGAUCACAGACCCGUCUUCACACCCCUGCCCGAACAUCUGGUUGAUUUUUGUUACUUUAGUCCAUAUUAAGUCCUGGCCAUGAUGUGAUAUGAUCUCUACAACUAGAUCUUUUUCAGACUCCAUUUGACUACAAACUGUUAAAGUUAAAGAUAUAAGCUAUGCACACCAUUACAACGGCACAUACGUGAUAUUCAUGCCAAUUGGAAAAUAAUUGGCUCUGAUGGCUCUUUCAUGAACUUUGUUCCAGUUAAUUGUUCCAGUCUUUCAUUUUAUUCACUGUUCCUGUCACAGUCUCACCACAUCUGUGCUUAUUGGUGACUUUAUUAUCUUAUUCUAUUUUAUUGUUGUCAUAUUCCAACAAUAUGAGCUAUGAGCUCAGUUUUAUGAAUUCUGACAAUGUUAUUCCAACACUAUUGUCAAGGGUGUUGUAUUUCGAAAACCCACUGGUAAGAAAGUCUUUUUUUAGAUGAUCCUCAGCUUCAUAUCUGAAGAGAGAAGGUUUUGGUUUUGAUACUGAAAAAAAAAGUUGAAUGUAACUCUUUCAACACAAGUCAUUAUGCUGUUCUGACUUCUUUCUUCCACUGGUUAUACUCUCUUGUUUGGUGUUCUCUAUUUGUAGUCGAUAUCUACAGUCAGUGGGUAUUCCAGAUACUCAUGUAGGGACGUUGUAGGAAAUACACUAUAUUUUCCUGAAGUAACACCAAGACAUAGAUUUAUGUUGCGUAAUAAUAUUUCAGCAGCUCGGAGAAUACAAAAAGCUGUUGUAGAACUAAACACUACUUCGUUCUUGCAAGAAAGGUCCAAGGCAUUCUGUCUAAUAUCCCUGUACUGAUAUUACAUAACUGAAUGCAGUGAGUAUAGGCAGUUUUAGUUAAAGGUGCAGUUCCGCGGUUCUAAUCCCAUACACUUUUUGUCAAAUUCAGCUAAAUGCUCCGCUCAGAGCUGUCUGCUCGGUGUUUGCGCUCCAAAAAACUCAGGUGUUUGUUCACAGUCCCGGCUCUGUGAAUGGGAGACAAACAUAGAGGGUCGGACCAAGCCAUAAACAAUCCCAGCCAAUCAAUACGGUGCCUCAGGAGCACGGAAGGGAGGGGUGAAAUUUGAUUGGCUGUUGAGCACAAAUAUCAACAACCUUUCGUGAAACCAAAAUUGCAGACUGCAUUUUUAAUAGUAGAUGGAGCAGAUCUCCACACACCAUCUAAGACCUGUUGGUUUUUUUUGCAUCGUUUUUUGCACUGCUUUGAAGUCGGAUUGUUUUGUCAGUGUCUUAGAAUUUUUUACUAUUAAGUUAGAUUGUAUGUUUAUACAGGACAUUGUCUUGUAGUUAUUUUGUGGAAUGUUCUACUUGUUGUAAUACUAGGUCUGACAUACAGUAUUGUAGCUCACCAUGGAAGUUUUGGCCUAUUUUUUACAGGCAUGCUUUAUAGUCACCUGACUCGGAGGAGUAACAAUUGAGGCAGUUGAUCAUUUUCACAUUAUUAUUAGAAUUAUUAUUAUUUCUCAUUGUUUUCAGUUAAGGUAAAGUGUUGCAUCUGGAUUAAACAGUGUAUUGCCAUUUUUUCAACACCGCAAUAAGAUUUUUCAUCAUUUUCAAAUUCUCGUUAGUAAAUGUAGGACGCAACACCAUUCAGACAUCUUGGUCUGCAUUUUUGUGUUCAUUCAUCAUCCAUAUGCACCACGCUCAUGGCAUUACAUUAAACUAUGCUCAUCCAGGUCAUCUCUACAUUCUCGAAAACAAUCAAAUAAACGCAAGCAUUUUAGCUAAAUUAAUGUCUUAACGUCCAUUUUUUUUUGUACUUGCACAUUUUAUUCUUUGUACUAGAGCAGCAAAAAACAAAGGGCCCUUUCCCUCUCUCUGUGCUCCUGUACACUAUGCUGUUUGAAAAUGUAAUAAAGAGUUAUUAUUUUAUGUUGGAUAUCUUGCUGCUUGCAGGUCUAUAUUAGAUUUCAAAUUACUGAGGUUAGGUUAACUUUCAAAUGUUUUGUAAAAAAGGAAAAAAAAAUAAACUUUUUUAUUUUUUCCCCCCCCUUGAUGUCAUUCUGAUUGAUUGUGCACUGACUGAUUGAAAAGAUUAUUUUGUUUUAUGAUGCGCUUUAAUAAAUCUGACCUGUGUAAAUAAA